AUGGAACAACAGACAACCUUUGCCAGCUUCAUCUCCAAGCUAUUCGGACUGCAACUUUACGACAGCUAUGUCAAGGACCGCAAUGGAAAAGCUCCCAGCCUAUCGCUGAUACGCAUUCUGUACAGCGUGCUGCUGUUUGCUGGAUAUCUGGUCAGUUUAACCAAAGCACUGGAAACCAUUUUCCCAACUGAUCCCAUUGCCGCCAAGGGACCAAGUAUCUUCAGAUUCGGAAUGAUGACUCACGUGUACUCGGGCGUACUGGGAUCGAUCAUUUGUGCUCUCUUUUUGUUUCGCACGGAACGCAUGAGGUGUGUUUACCAGGAGGCUAUCCGGACGAACAGUGCGAAGGUCAACGAUCGUUACCAUCAGUUCCGGAAGAUGGUGGUACCCUCGAAACAAUCGUGGCUUGUACCGGCAUCCGUGGUGAUGCUAUUCGCCGUUUCGCUUUCCGAAGGAUACGCACAACAUAGCACUUCAAAUUACUUCGCUUUCGUGGCGCUCAUUUAUCCGCUAUGGCUGUUUCAUUUGACGAUUCUACAAUUUACCGAACUGGUCCAAUCGACACGCUGCAUCUUGACAAAGUUGAACUGGAUGUUGGAUGCUUUCUUGGAGAGUCUGCAGAAGCAGGCGGCCGGUGGUUUGCAGCAUGCAAACACCGAAAAGGAUGUCCUCGAACACGUGACUUCUGCCAUCAGCCAGACGGCGUACAUUUCUAGCCAUGACCUUAUUAGUGGCGAUCGUUUGACGUACAUGUUCAUCAUUCACGAAAAUGUGGCCAAGCUGGCGGAGUACAUUAACGCCGCUCACUCGCUUCAGGUCAUAGCGAUCGUUUCGGUAGCGUUCGUUAAUACUCUGUUUGCAUUCUUUAUCGAAACCAAACUACUAUUCUGGAAUCUGCACAUGUACGAUCUGAUCCUGCAGGCGGCACGCUAUGCCUUCGAAUGGAUUCCCGGUUGCUUGCUCAUCUACUACAUGCUGCUUGUGUGCGCCUCCACCCACAACGAGCUCUUCAAAUCGGCCACGUUGCUCCACAAACUGUUGCAGUACAAAUCCAACUUCUUCAUCGAUGAUCAGGCUCUGUUUGAACGCUCGAAAGCGAUCGCUUUGCAGUUGUUGCACCGCAAGAGAGUUUCAUUGUUUGACGGUAGCGGCCUUUUUCAGCUGGAUUUUACGUUUAUCUUCUCUAUAUUCAGUGCAGCAACAUCUUAUCUGAUCGUGCUAUUGCAGUUCGAUCUCUCGAAGGAUCUUCAAAAGGCAACGCUGUAACCAAGCAAUCAAGAUGCACAAUACAAGAGACUAGACAAAGAUGGGCGAUCUCUGCACCUCGA